AUGCCAAUUGCCGCCCUGCCACCUUCCACGGCCCAGGCAAUCGGCUCAACUUCCAUCCUCCCGGAUCCCUGCGCCGUCGUCAAGGAACUGAUUGACAACGKCCUAGAUGCAGGCGCAACAUCCAUCACGGUAGAAAUCUCCCCAAACACUCUUGAUCUGAUACAAGUCAAGGAUAAUGGCCACGGCGUCCCUCCGGAAGAUUUUGAGAACUUAUGCAAGAGAGCGUAUACAAGCAAAAUUCAGACGCUUGAUGAUUUGAGGAAUGUCGGCGGCCAGUCCCUGGGUUUUCGUGGAGUGGCACUUGCGAGUGCUGCUGAUAUGGUGGAUGUGCUUACUGUAACGACGAGAACAAAGAAUGAUGUCGUGGCUUCGGUGUUGAAGUAUGAUGCGGCGGGAGAGCUAGUCAGCACGGAGAAAGCGUCUCAUCCUGUCGGGACUAUGGUAUGUCUGAACGGUUUCUUGAAGAAGAUUCCUGUCAGAAGACAGACUGCUGUCAAGUCCGCAUCCAAGACCAUUACUAAAAUCAAGAAGCUACUCCAAGCUUAUGCGAUGGCGAGGCCCUACACGCGUUUAUCACUCAAAGUUUUAAACAGCAAGACCGAUAAGGAUAAUUGGACUUAUGCGCCAUCCCCGACGGCAAGCAUUGUUGAUGCUUCUCGCAAGGUGGUCGGAGUGGAGAUCGCUGGGCAGUGCGCAUGCAAGACUUGGCCUGAAGAUGCGGAGGAAUCCGACCUAUUAGUCAAGCUACUUGCUUAUUUCCCGAAAGUCGAUGCUGACUUUUCCAAAAUCGGUGGUUCCAAUCAGUAUAUUUCUGUGGAUGGCCGCCCGCUAUCCUCCGACGGAGGUACAGCAAAGGAGAUUAUCAAACUAUACAAGUCGUACAUUCGCUCUACCGCAAAAACAAAGGGGAUUUCAGCGCUGAAUGAUCCAUUUCUCAAUCUGCAUAUUUCAUGCUCGCCAGGAGCAUACGACGUGAAUGUAGAGCCUGCAAAGGACGACGUCUUGUUUGCAGAGCGAGAACAGCUAAUUCAGACAAUCGAAGAGCUAUUUAAAGCAACCUAUGGAGAGCUGCAGAAAACUUCUGACAUUACGGGGAAAGAAUAUACUUCUGUCACGGGGUUUAAUGUUUUGUUACGACAACCCACUGCACGAGAACCAGUUUCUCCGCCUGCAACAAAUCGAAUUCCUGCAUUUACAAAUCAGAGUAAGACUACUCCAGUGACAAAUAGGCCAGCACAGGCAGACCCAUUCACAGAUGACUAUGAUCCGUCACAAUCAGAGUCUCGUCAAACAGGAUCGGAUGAUAAUGGCCUCAAUCCUUGGUCUAUUGCCAAAACUCACUUUUUCCACCGGUCCCCGAAAUCAAACAAAGUGACUCAAUUCGUUACGCCAACGAGACCAGGUUUCAGGUCUAGCAGCGGGCCAAAUGCGGCGGCUACCCAGUCAAGCCCUUCUGACUCAAGCGCAUGUUCUCCCUCCUCUCCAGAAGAUGUUCAAGUCCCGCCUAGGUCCAUCUCGUCAUCUACAAGAGGUGGUCGAGGUUCAAAUGGCUAUACCAAAGCGUCAAGGGAGCGCGACCGGGAACGCUAUGGAAAUGGAUCACUCGAUACGUGGUUUGUGAGAAACUCCGGGUCAACUUUGUCAAACACUUCACCUGGAGAGGUAUUAGAUGACGAAUCUGAAACUGAAAGCGUUAUGCUUGAUGAUCUUGACGACAUGAUCGAGGAUACUUCACGAAUACCCAAUAAGUCAUUCAAACUACCUCUUGCAACCAAAUCGAAAGAAAAACACCAACUCAUAUUGUCUCCCAAUACCGAGCCCUCAAAUGUGCAAUCGGAGAAAAGACAGGAGUUUCCAGUCAUGGAAGAAUGGUCCGCACGACUGCACCGUAGUCUUCCAGACGAUCAAAGCUUGUUCAGUAGUCAAGAUACGGAAAGAGCACUAGACUUUGAGCGGAGAAAAAAAGAAGCCAAUAUUGCUCAUCGUAAGCAGCUUCGACGGCAGUAUUUAGCCAGUCAAGCGGACAGUCAACACACAUUAAACUCUCCGCACAAGAAUCGCUAUCUAGCAGCCAGAGCGACGCUCUCAGAAUAUAGCCAGCAAAGCCAACUAGAUCCGCCUCAGAAAGUACAAUCAGCUUCAACCGACGUGUUAACGAUGCAGGAGAGUGACCCCCGCACAUAUUUGAUGCGACAUCAAUCCGCGUUACGAGCCAAAGCGAAUGAUGCAACCAAGAAGUUGAAGCGUAUACCCACAAAUCGUCUACCACUGGAAAACAUUCCUAAGGGAUUUGAUAUUCACAAUCUUGGUGUGAAGCUCGAUAUAUCUUUGCUGCAGCUGACUCACCACUGCAAGUAUCUGGCCGAAGUCAACCACUCUGGUUCUUGCAGAGACGGGGACGCGAAAGCCAGCCCAUUUGACCCUGUCAGUGAGCCCGAUCUUCCUGAAAUAUGUAAGAUCUGGGAGACUGCGAUUGGUCGACUUGUCAAAGAAAAGUAUCGACUAAGAGAGGUUGAUCUUUAUGAUGCUGAUGGCGGGUCUGACGAAGUAUUCAUCGAGAAAAUUGAUAUUCACGGUGCUAUCAUAUCGAAGUCAUCAAAAUGA